AUAAAAGCAGGCAUAACCAAGUACGUUGUCAGUGUGACGGUGGUAACAGAAGCAUUCACUUUCGAAGAAUGUCUUCUUGACGAGUUACAUAUUAGGUCUGUGUACUUGUUUCUCGGGAAAACGACAUUAAUAUAAAAAAUAAAAUUACAGCCAGAGUGCGUUUGUUAAAACAGAUUUUUCAGAUUAUAAUUAGUAUCUAUAUCACUAACAAUCUAUCUUAGCAUCUAUCAGUUAAUAAUACUAUGCCAAUUGUGAUUGUGUGUCGAAAAAUAAUUAGCUGACUUAACUAAAUAGCAAAUUAAACUUUCGCGCGUGAUAAUUAAUUAAUUCGAGGGUUGCACGAACUUGACGAACAAGUGCACCUUAGAAAAAUGGAUUAUUCUUAUUUUAUGACGGAAGUCGCCAAACGUAGGCGGCCUGCUACAACGAGAGAGCUAACUAAAAUAGCGUAUUCCGCGCCGAAAGACACUAUUUCCUUAGCAGAAGGAAUGCCUAACGAAGAAACGUUUCCGUUCACGGAAAUCUCAGUUAAACUUUACGAUGGUUCGUCUUUCACUCUCGAUGAUAGCGAAUUAGGCGCCGCUCUCCAAUAUAUACCUACACAAGGUUACCCUCCUCUCGUGCAGGCCCUGAGGGAAUUCCAAAGAAGGGCACACGCGCCUCCCUUAUGGGAGAGCCGCGACAUAGUUGUCGUUUCGGGGUCUCAGGACGGGCUUAGUAAAGCUCUAGAGGCUAUAAUCGGCACUGGUGAUCCGAUUUUGGUCCCUGAACUCUUCUAUCCUGGCGUCGAAGUUGUGGUAGCACCACACAAAGCAGAGCUCAUAACGAUUCCGGAAGAUGACGACGGUCCCGUACCGGAAAUAUUACGGGAAAUUCUGAGAAAUCGGGAGCUUUCCGGUGGAAAAAUGCCGAAAGUAAUGUAUAUAAACGCUACAGGCACGAAUCCUACUGGCAUCAUUAUACCUCUGGAAAGACGAAAAGAGAUCUAUAGGAUAGCCUGCGAAUACAAUUUCUUACUUCUCGAUGACGAUCCUUAUUGCUUCAUGCAUUUUGGCAAGGAAGAGCCGAAAUCCUUUUUAUCACUGGAUACGGAAGGUCGAGUGAUUAGAUUAGAUUCAUUCUCGAAAGUGAUCAGUAGUGGCAUUAGAUUAGGUUUUAUGACCGCCGCGGCUCCGCUGAUAGCCAGCGUAGAGCUCCAUUUGCAAAGCAGCCAUCUCCAUGCCCCUACCUUAUCGCAGGUGAUAAUGUACAAGCUCUUGAAGAACUGGGGUUACGAUGGCUUGAUGCAACAUUACAUGCGAUUAAGAUGCUUCUACAAGAAACGGAGGGAUGUUAUUUCAGCAUUGGCACAUAAACAUUUGAACGGUCUCGUAGACUUCAAAGUACCAAAAGGUGGAUUUUUCUUAUGGAUUAAAGUACGAGGAAUCGAAAAUACAUGGAAGAUGUUAAUGCAGCGGGGUGUCACGGAUGGCGUUAUUAUGGCUCCAGGAGCCGCAUUUAUGAGCGAUCCCACGAAAACAUGUAACGCCAUCAGGGCAAGUUUUGCCAAAGCAUCUUACGAGGAAAUGGACUUGGCACUGGAGCGAUUGGCGCAACUAAUUCGAAUGGAAUUAACCGAAAAUUAUAUUGAAAACAUUGAUACGUGAUAAUACGAAUAUUAUAUAUGACUACACGGCUAAAGAUGAAGCUAACAAUUACAAUUUAUAAUGAAAUAGAAAAAUCAAACCAAAAAUAUUAUCAAUUAAGUAAAAGUCGUUUUGCUAUGUGAUAAGAGAAAACAUAUCAAACAUCGAUGAAGUUGAGUAAGUAAUGUUGAAAUAAAUACAUUUCAACAUUAGAACGUAGUCUUGAAUUCUGUUAACAGAGGACAUUGUAUGUUAGUAAAACAGCUUUGUACAUUACAAUUUAACAAAAUUUGAACUUAAAAUAUUUUAAACUAGUUACUUUAUUUCGUAAUACGUUGCUAUACAUAAGCUUUCAAAAAGUAUUGAUAUUUAUAAGCGCACGCUAUUGUUGCUAAAAAUAAACAGUUUUAUGU